CUGCCUGCCUGCCUGCCAGUCCUCUGCAGACUUGAGGAUUGGCUGCACACAGCUCCUCAACACCAACCACACAGUAUAUUGACGGUCGAUGGAAGAUUAUUAGCCGUGCACAGAGCUCCAUACUUACAGAGCUGUAUGUGGCUGCUCUUCACAUUCUGCAUUUUUAUGAGGAAUGAACUAAGGUGCUUCUUCUACUGCCUUCUGAACAUACUGCUGAUUCUUCUAUGGACACAGAUUGAGGUGCAGCGUCCAGUGAAGACACAGUAACGUGGAGAGAGGAAGAUGCCAGCCCCUCCUCCCCCACCACCCCCAGGGCCUCCCCCUCCGCCCACCUUUUCUGCGGCCAACACUGUCAAGCCAAAUCUAAACCGUUCAGAGCAGCAGGGAAGGAGCGCUCUGUUGACCGACAUCCAUAAAGGCUCGAGAUUAAAGAAAACCGUUACCAAUGACCGCAGUACACCCCAACUCGACUCAAAACCUAAAGGAGGAGGCGGGGGAAGCGGCGGCGGCGGUGGAGGAGGUGGAGGUGGAGGUGGUGGUGGCGGAGGAGGUUUUGGUGGUGGGUCUCCUGCUGGUUUAGGAGGCCUUUUUGCAGGAGGGAUGCCAAAACUGAGGUCUGCGGGAAACAGUGUUAAAAACGACUCAGGACCCAGUCGAGGGCCCGUGCUCCCACCAGGAGGCCGCUCUUGUGGCCCCACCCCGUUCGGUGGGGGCUCCACUGGUCCACCUAAACUCCCAGGCGCCCCUGGUGGUGCCCGCAACAACGCCCCUGAUCUGCCCAAGGGCCGGCCAAGUCCUCACUUAUCCAGACAAGACACUCCAGGAGGCCCCCCUCCUCCUGUACCCAACACACCUCGACCAAACCAGAGCUUCCAGUCUCGUGUGGGCCCUCCUCCCCCGUCACUCCCUGGUGGACCCAGGCCCAGCCCAGCCUCCGGACCUCCACCUCCUAGUGUUCCACCCGGGAGGCACGGACCUCUCCCUCCCCCACCAGGAGGCUCCUCAGCUGGGCCAAGACCAGGAUUCUCUGCACCCCCCCCUCCACCCCCAAACAGCAGCCGACCUUCCUUACCGCCCACUCCUGGAGGGAGGCCUCCGCUCCCUGACGACCGACCCCCACCACCACCAGCUCCUAUGGGAGGUCAUCGGCCAUCUAUGCCCCGCGACAUGCCCCCUCCUCCACCCGCUGUCAACUCCAAGCCUUCCCCCUCUGUCUCUUCCUCCCCUGCCUCUCGUUCCUCAGGUGGUGGGGGUGUGCCCCCUCUACCACCAGGUCGACCAGGCCCCCCUCCCCUCCCACCCUCCCCGGCUGUGGGGGACGACCACAGCACUCCUCGUCUGCCCCAAAGGAACAUGUCACUCAACAGCCAUGGUCCAUCUCCGCCACAUGGUCGCACAGGACCCCUCCCUCCUCCACCUAAUGAGAGACCGCCAUCUCUUGGAAGGAACCAGUCCUCCACACGCACAGGGCCCCUUCCUCCCCCUCCUCCUUCAGGUCGUAACAUAGGAGGAGGCAGUGUGAGGUCAUCACCAGCUCCUUCUCCUAUUGGUCGGCCAGGACCGGAGCCCCCUCGAGGGGGACCUGGCGGUAGACCUCCCCUCCCUCCAGACAGGCCUGGUAUAGGAGGGGCCCCGCCUCCUCCACCACCCAUGGGUAACGGCUUCCAAAACUCCCACCACAACCAAAUACAGGAUGAAUGGGAGUGUCGGUUCACUUUCCAUCCAAUGUCGGACUUUCCUCCACCUGAGCCCUACGUGCCCUUCCAGAAGACCUACCCCAGCAAGAUUGCCAAAUCUGACGGCAAAGGUUCUGGUAAAAAGGAGAGAGGAGCUCCCCCCCUUCCUCCUAUACCCAGGUGAAGAAGAGGUGUCAGCAAACACAACCCUUGGAACUACUUUCUCUGUUUUCCUACCGGGCUCUCUUUCUUUCUUUUCCCUCUCUGUUGUGCUCAUUGUGCUUUUUCCUGCAGCAUGUGGUUGAUCUGUGGACUGCAACAUAUAAAAUGGACCUGAAGUAUGGUUGACCAAGUAAAAAGACAGACUUAUAAUGUGAUGUUUACAUUGUGUGCCUUUGUAGCAGCAGAAUGGCAGCAUUCAAAGACCAAAGCCUGUUUAUACUCUGGUACACUGUGGUCAGAUAAAAAGAUUAAAAACUUGUACCUCUUUAGGCACUUGGAAGAAUGUGUUUUACAACCAUGCUGUGGCUGGAAGAAACUUUUUGUGGGGUUUUGUUGACCUGGUUGCCAUGAAACAGAGAUCACUUAUGAACAACAGUAUUUUCAUAAACAUUGAUCCACAUUGACUUUAUUCCAUGGACUAACUUUAUUUUCAUCCCUUGCUUACAGUGGUUGAUAGAUUGCAUACAUUGCCUGCUAUAUAUUAUAUUUUACCAACCAGCUUCACUUUUAUAAAAGAAUACAAACUCUUACUUGACAAAUAAACCAGCAUUUUGCAUGUAGCAUGUGUGACUUUCCCAACCUGUUUACACAGACAGCAUAAGGUUAAGCUAAAUCAACAUGUUGUGGCAAUAAUAUUGUCAGCAUAGGAGUCCAUGGGUUUCAGUGCAGGGCUUUAAAAUGCAACCAACCAGCUUGCUCCAAUGAGUUGACAAGCUGUUUGCCUCCUUUUGUUCCAGUGUUUCCCUUGUGCCUUUUUCUAUUCAGGAUUGUAUCUUCAAGCUGCUUACAAGAGUUAAGGGAAUUAGCCUUUUGUGCCUUAAAUUAUGUAUGUAUGUUUGUUCAGCUUGAUUGGAUCACCUCUGCUGAUGUAAAUGUAAAAACAGAAGCAAUACAGAAGCUCGAGUUUCACAUCUACAUAACUAAAAAAGUGUCUAAAUUACAACAUCAACACAUAGAGAGACAUGGAACCAAACUAAAAAAAUGGCCACAACCUCUUGCCACCGCUGCAUAAAAGAUCAGGGGAAACACAAGUGUUUAAUUUGCCAAAGCCACACGUGCCUUCACAGUAUGUAUUUUUACAUCUGUGUUUCUGUUGGAACCACUGAAUGGUACUUUUCAUUUGUUAAAUGUGACGUGAGCAUGCAUUUAAUGUUUAUGAUUGAGAUGUUUAAAAAGGACAUUGCAUGGUGUUAUGGCAAUAUUGGUUUACAGUAGAACUGAUUCUUAUUUUGCUGUUUUGUUAAAAGCUUACUAUGAAGGACCCGUGUAUGUGUCUGUAUGAUUUAAUCAAGAGGUAUUGAAGGACUGUAUUAUUUUAAGUUAUGUUUCAGAACUGUGCAGUAUUAUGUUUGCUUCACCCAGCACUGCUUUGAAUGGUCUUUUGUAUGCGUGAUGUAUUAUUAUCAUGUGCUGGUCAAAGAAACUUUUUCUUAAAAGACAAUCAUAAUGGAAGUAAACCUAGUUACAUCAAUAAAUAAAAAUGCUUUAA